GGGCGAGAUGCUAUGCCGGGCCAGGCUUUCUACAAGGACCUGUUGAAUGUGAGUUCCUUCCGGGAGGACAAGUUUCGGGACUUAGCAAAGAAACAAGGGGUACCUCUACCCAAAGUUGAAGACGCUUUGCGGAAGAACAAGGUCCAGCUGGAAACCAAUACGCAGUUUGCAUUGCGCUGGCUUCCCAGCUUCGCCUUGGACUCUCCUACAGAGAAAGAGGCGAAAAAAGAACCGAAGGACAACAAAGAGACAAAUGACAAAGCAGAGGAGAAAGAAGAAUGCAAAGAGGAGGAGGAGGGCGGUUCAUGUGUAGAAGUGAUAGAGGAGAUACACUUAGAAGAAGAAGAGGAAGAGGAAAGUUUCGAGCAAGAUGAACUUGUUGAGCCGACUGACAACACCGACAAACAUGGGAACACAGACGCCCCUGAGAAGCAUGCAAAUGAGGCUGCCCCAGAACAGAACACCAAGGUUUCAGCAGGAAGCAGCUCUGCUUUGGAAGCAAGAAAGACUGCCCUAGAGAGUGCCAAAGACGCAAUUGAAAGCGAGAAAGAAAAUGCAACUACGGCAGCCGCAACGGAAGCAGAGAAACAUGUUGAAAAAAAUUUUGAGGAAACAAAGCAUGGCUUGAAAGUAGCGCCGCGAGACAUGGAUGAAACUCGCCCUCCCCAGAAACAGACCACUGAGACUUCCAAAACCGAGACAGUCACUGAAGCACCAGAACCAGAGACUCCCAAAGCCGAGACACCUCAAGUCAGUGCAGCACUUCCCGGCAAGGAAGAAGACAUGACCGAUGAUCGACCAAAGCCAGAUGCUGCUACCUUUGCCAGGACAAAAACCACUAUGGCCGUUAAGCUCUUGAAAGCCCAAGGUUUCAAUAGCCUUGUCGAGUUGGCCAACAGCUUGACCAUCCAAGUGCAAGAGGUUCUGUUGGCUUUGGAGGGAACUGCAGGAUUUGCAGGAGUCAAGGGAGAUAUUAUCCACAAAAUUUUGGAAAUUGGUGGUUCGCAGGAGAGUGGUGAUUCUGUCCAUGUUGAAUUGGGGAAAGAAGACAUGGAAGUUGAAAGUGAUCCCGAGAAAGAAGAAAAAGGCAAAUCAACCAAAGGAACUUACCAGGAGCAGCGCCGCCUACGAGCUGAGAUGAAGCCAAAGAAGAAGAAUGCCGAGGAAGAAAGGACUGAGAAUGCUUCGAAAGGUAAAGGCAAAGGGCGGGGGAGGGGAAAAGGACGAGGACGUGGUAGGGGCAAAAGGGCACCCAUUGCCCCUGCUGAUGAAAACGAUGGCCAUUCACAUGAGGCUGAAAUAGAUGAGCAGGACCAACUGAUGAAGUUCGAGCGACAACAGGAACCAGAAAAAUCGAACCCGGCACCCAAACGCAAACGAACCAAGUCUGUGAAGAAUGCAAACCAGGGUGAGGGCCAGCAUGCAGAUGGAUCUGGAGAUGGGAAGGGGAGUUCGAAAGACACAGCAGAGGCAAGCCAGGUGACCCCGAAGGAAAGGAAUGAUGAAGGAAUGGAAAACACCGCAAAGAAGCCUAGAAAGGGAAAGGAAAUGCGCACCAAGAACCUCAAGAAAGUCCGGGAGCUGGCACAGUCUUGGAAACAGGACCCGCCGGAAAGUGAGAUCAUCAAAGAGCUGUACGAAGUGGGACCUGGCCCGUUGCCUUUGCAACUGGACCAACUUCAUGGAGAUGGUGUGAUCCUUUCCAGCAUGCCGUCUGUGCCAUGGAGGCAAAGUACUUUGGCCUUGACGGCCACAGCGGACUUGACCAACUUUGAUGUCUUUGCUGGAAAACGAGCUAUUGAAACUCAGUUCAGUGGAAGCCCCAGUAUCAUCAUCCCACCCGGCUUAACCAUAUGGCCCUCCUCGGCUGCUGCGAGGUUCAAAUGGAUUCGCUACGUCAAAGCCCCAGCCUUUGAGUUGAUAGCAGUUCGAACCAUACUUCUGGUGAUCCUUGUCAAACGCUCGGGAGCCUUCAAAAAGGCAGGCUUGAAAGAGCUGGACCAAUUCGUUUCCAAGGCUCAGUUCCCCAUCGUCGACAGCGACUCCUUCGCAAGAGGACUACUACCAGGGAAGUUGGUCCCAGUGGCGAAAUGCAAGGAGGCUGACCAGACCCCCACUCCCGAGGAGAAAGCUGAGGAAAGCAAGGAGGCUGAUAAGACAGCCACUCCCAACCAGAAGGUUGACAUGAAGGAUGCUGACCAGACCCCCACUCCCGAGGAGAAAGCUGAGGAAAGCAAGGAGGCUGACAAGACACCCACUCCUGACCAGAAGGUUGAUCAAACCCCCACUCCCAACCAGAAGGUUGAACAAAAGGAGGCUGACCAGACCCCCACUCCCGAGGAGAAAGCUGAGGAAAGCAAGGAGGUUGAAAAGACCACCAUUCCCGACCAGAAGGUUGAAAGCAAGGACACUGACAAGACAAAGAUUCCCGAGGAGAAAGCUGAGGAAAGCAAGGAGGUUGAAAAGACCACCAUUCCCGACCAGAAGGUUGAAAGCAAGGACACUGACAAGACAAAGAUUCCCGAGGAGAAAGUUCUGGAAAGUAAGGAGGCCGACAAGACCCCCACUCCCCAGCAGAAAGUUACCCCUCCCGAGGAGAAGGUGACAGGAACCAAUGCUGAGAAGACUGCCAAUUCAAACGAGGUUAAGAAAAGCAGCACCCCUGAGGAGAAGGCAACAGGAGCUGAGAAGACCAGCAAUUCACAGGAGCAGGCGUCAGGAAGCAACCCCGAAAAGAAGGAGGAGAAGGCCGGAAGCCCAAAGGAAGAACAAGACACAAAAAGGAAACAAGAGAGCGAACUCAGCAAUGGUAAGAGUAAGGAAGCACGAGUUGAAGGACAACAAAAAUUAGCAAAGAAAGAAGGCGAAGGAAAAGAAGUCGACCAAGCAGAGCACGAGGAGACACCAGAGGAAAAGGCAAAAAGAGAAGCGCUGGAAUUGAAGCGCAAAGCAGCUCAUGCCAGGUACAUGAGCAAAGGGUUGAAUUCUGUGCUGUACGAAGCAUGGAGUUCUUGUGGGGAAGGGCAGUGGCAGACUUCGAAGUUCUACUUGAGCAUCAGGGAGAGACAUCAGUCCCGCCGCAGGGGAACCAGGAAGUGGUUGAUGCGAUGGGAACUGGAAGGAAAGUUUGGCAAUGUCAUUGCUGACCAAAUUAUCACCCGCAAAGAAAUGGACCAGGAACUUGCCAAAGCUGAAGUUCGAUAUCACCCAGAGUUGCCGGAAGAAGAGGCAACAAAGCAGUAUUUGACCUUGGUUGAAGACUGCGAAGAAGAAGAGCACAUGGAAGAAAUUGACCGGUUGUUCAGUGCACUUGACAAAGACAGCAGCAGCAGCUCAAGCAGCUCUAGCUCGUCCAAGAAAAAGAAGAAGAACAAGAAGUCAAGCAAGGACCACCCGAAGAAAGAGAAGAAAGAUCCCCCCAACAAGGAACCGGCCAAAGACAAGAGCAAGAAAAGCAAGAAAGAAAAGAAGGUCAAAGCUGAGAAGGCUCCCAAGGAAAAGGAUGAGCAGAAAGAACAGGUCAAGCAAGCUAAGAAGGUGACAUCUGAGUUAAUCCGGCAGUGUGAUGAGGCAAAGAAAGGCUUAGAGACCGCGUGCGAGCCCUUGAAGAAGAAACCCAAAAAGGAACCUACGAAAAUCAAGAUCCCCAUCAAAUUCCCUGACGAUUCAAUUUCUGAUGUUGUCAUGCCCAUGCAGCUGCCACUUGAUAUCUUGAAAUACUUGCUCACUGAGUGUCCUUUGGUGGACAUUUACUUCUUUGAUGUGGAGAUGUUGAAACAUUGCACAUUACAUGUGCUAAAUCUGGGACUCCUUGGAGUUUCCAAUGGUUCAGCCCUGAGUGGUAUCAAUCGAUACUUCGGAUUGACAGAGCGCGCCUCCAGAAUCUUGAAGCUCUUCACCAUUGCUGCGCUGGGGCAAUUGGCGGAUGGGAGAUGGUCUCAAAGGAGCGUGACUGCCAAGCGAGAAUUGACG